GCCUUUAUACCUUUCUUUUCUCUUCUCUCAUUUUCGGACACUACAAGGUACUACUCACUUCCUGCCUUUCUCUUUCAUAAGUUUUUUCUUUUCCCUUCUUUUUUCUUUUUUUACUUCGUUGUUAUAGAAUAGCAAUAGUAGUUAGAAGUAUUUCCCUGUGAAAUUUAUAUUUUUUAUUCUGGAUAUCUGCUUCUCUUUGCAAUGUCUAAAUUCCUCAAAUUUACGCUCAUUCAAGUAGUUCCGUAUGAUAUUAUUGGCCCUCUGUAACAUCACCAUUGAGCUUAAUGUGGUUUCAGAGUGUUGUGUUAGCUUAAUUGAUUUCCAAAUUUAUAGUCCAAAAGUGGAGUGCCCCUUGAGGUGGUGAAUUUAAAGGAAAGUUUUGAUUGGUAGAAGUAUAAAUUAAAUCAGUAAUCUUAGUCUUACCUGUGAAAGGCUGUAAAUUUAUGACAUUGUUGUUGUAUUGAAUUGAUGAAUGGUCAAAACGUUAUAUGUACCAUGUAGGGGUUGCAUUGAUGGAAAGAGGAGUUUUUUUUUUCCUUUCAGCGAUGUUGAUGUUCUCUUUAGUAACUCAUUUAAUGAUCUCUGGGCUAUAAUUUUAAUAUCUGAGUUAGAACUAAGUAAUCUUUGAUUUAUUGGUUCGUUCAUUGAACCUCGGAGGUUAGUCUACUACAUAUCCAAUACUGGUUCGUUCUCGAUGCAGUUUAGGGUAUCGGCACAUUCCCUUGGAUGGACCGACUACCGAAAAUUAGAUUAAUUAAAGAAAGAACAGGAGAAGUAAGUUACUAAGUCUGUUAGGUAAGAGGUUAUUUGGCUUAAAUGGCUAAAAACAAUUGGUAACUGCCAUUUUUGUCAAAAGAAGUGAGAAAAUACCUAUUCUUUUGAUAAGCAGAAUAAAUCCAGUACUUGCAACCGAACAGGGCCAAUGUUUCUUUUUCUUUGGGUGAGUCAUGUUUCUUCUCGCACCUAAGAGUCUCCUUGGCUAAUAAAAUAGGGAAGUAUACAUUGUUACUAAGGCGAAUUCUUAUUUACCCAAUCCACGUAGUAAUUUUCGCUUUGUAUCUACUACACUGAGGUUGAUAUUUUUAAGCUUUUUUAAAGUAUUACUGUCUGCCAUUUGGUAUAAUGCAUCUUAGUUUUGAAUAGAUUUCUUAUUAUCUCAGAUCUUUGAUUUUUGUUUGUUUUAGACAGCUUUUAUUGCAUCACUGAGGACUCUUAGAGCACUUUGGUUGAGAGACCCUCUCGUGUUACAAAGGGUAAUGAUUUUUCAUAAGAAAGAAGAUGGAGAUAAAUACUGGAAUUCCCAAAUCAAAGGAUAAGAGACCGGUGGAAGGAUGCAAAACUGAUAGAGAAACCAAGAGGGCUUCUGAAAAUGUUCCAAAUGAGUCUCCUGUAUUUAUCAAUUACGCUGCUCUUGCUUGGGAGGAAAGCCGAAGCAAAUGGACUGGGGACACUUCAAAGAAGUCAGAUAAGAUGGCGAAAGAUCCAAUCAUAAGCUGGUCACUGAACUAUGAGGACUUGCUUGCAACUAAUGAGCCUUUCUCAGAGCGAAUCCCCUUAUCUGAGAUGGUAGACUUCUUAGUUGAUGUUUGGUACGAUGAAGGGCUUUUCGACUAAGAGAUUUGGCGCAACAUUACAUGCAGCUCAAGAUAAUUGGUCUUGUUUAGUAACGUAGCAGCCAGUUAACCCCAGCAGCAAAUUCAGAUAAAACAUAGAUUUAUUUUAUUACUGUAAAAGAUAAGAUUUUUGUGUUUAGUUUGUUUUCUGAUCAUCGCCUACAUUUGUUGUAUUACCAUUUACCACACUGAAUUAUACCAUUUGCAUGCUUUGAAUCAACAUUUAGUUAAAGCUUAUUUAAAGGCUACAAAUCCACCACACCUAAAAUGUGGACUUGAA